GUCCGGAGCGGGGACACGAAGGUCGGAUCGCAGCCUCUGCUCGAGUCUCGCCCUGGGAAGCUGCGGCGCUGUGCUGUGUUAGUGGUGGCUUGAGCGGCUGAUUCUGAGGGAAGAGGUUUGGGUGUUCCUUAUAUUCCUUGGUUUAUUCCAGAGUUGAAAAAGCUUGAACAAUAUAUUUCUCCAUGUUCAGAAAAAGAUAGUUGCUACAGACGAGGAGGAUAACCACUGGUAUUGCAAAAAGAUGAGUAUGUUAAAACCAAGUGGACUUAAGGCUCCUUCAAAGACCAUCAAGCACGGGGGUACAUUGCUGAAAACACCUGCACCUGUUGCUGCUGCUCCAGCAGAAAAAACAAUUCCUAGUGAGAGGACCUCAAGCACAGCCCCUGCAGAUGCACAUGAGGAGUUUGUGGAUGAUUUCAGAGUUGGGGAGCGCGUUUGGGUCAAUGGGAACAAACCCGGUUUCAUUCAGUUCCUGGGGGAAACACAGUUUGCCCCGGGGCAGUGGGCAGGGAUUGUCCUGGAUGAGCCCAUCGGGAAGAACGAUGGCUCAGUGGCUGGAGUUCGCUAUUUCCAGUGUGAACCCCUGAGGGGAAUAUUCACAAGGCCGUCCAAACUGACCAGGAAAGUGGUGACAGAGGAUGAAGCCAACGGUACCCAGACAGCUCAUGCUUCGAGAGCCACGUCCCCAACAUCCACAUCAGCUGCUAGUGCAGUGUCAUCCACCGCUGCACUCCCCCCUUCAGGAAUUCCACAGAAAACCCCUCUUGCUGCUAAGGAACAUGCAACUCCUUCUCAGAUUAGCAAUCUUUCCAAAACUGCCAGCGAAUCUAUAUCAAACCUCUCAGAAGCUGGAUCACUAAAGAAAGGAGAAAGGGAGCUCAAAAUUGGAGAUCGAGUGCUGGUUGGAGGAACAAAAGCUGGAGUGGUGCGUUUUUUGGGAGAAACUGACUUUGCUAAAGGAGAAUGGUGUGGAGUAGAGCUGGACGAACCCCUGGGAAAGAAUGAUGGAGCUGUUGCUGGCACGAGGUAUUUCCAGUGCCAGCCCAAGUACGGCCUGUUCGCCCCAGUGCACAAGGUGACCAAGAUCGGCUUCCCCUCCACGACGCCGGCCAAGGCCAAGCCCGCGGUGCGCAAGGUGCUGCCCACGCCCACAGCCCUGAAGCGCAGCCCCAGCGCCUCCUCCCUGAGCUCGCUGAGCUCGGUGGCCUCCUCCGUAAGCAGCAAGCCCAGCCGCACAGGACUCUUGACAGAAACAUCUUCCCGGUAUGCAAGAAAAAUUUCGGGCACCACAGCCCUCCAGGAGGCCCUGAAGGAGAAGCAGCAGCACAUUGAGCAGCUCCUGGCAGAAAGGGACCUGGAGAGGGCAGAAGUUGCAAAAGCAACAAGUCACGUCGGGGAGAUAGAGCAGGAAUUGGCUCUGGUUCGCGAUGGGCACGACCGGCACGUGCUGGAGAUGGAAGCAAAAAUGGACCAGCUCCGAGCUAUGGUGGAGGCAGCUGACAGGGAGAAAGUGGAGCUCCUCAAUCAGCUCGAGGAAGAGAAAAGGAAAGUUGAAGACCUUCAGUUCCGUGUGGAAGAAGAAUCCAUUACCAAAGGAGACCUAGAGCGAAAGAGGCAGAUUUCGGAAGACCCAGAAAAUACGCAGACCAAACUGGAGCAUGCCCGCAUUAAGGAGCUUGAACAGAGCCUGCUCUUUGAAAAGACCAAAGCUGACAAACUUCAGAGGGAGUUAGAAGACACUAGGGUGGCCACAGUGUCGGAAAAGUCCCGGAUCAUGGAGCUGGAGAGGGACCUGGCACUGAGGGUGAAGGAAGUGGCUGAGCUCCGAGGGAGGUUGGAUUCCAGCAAGCACAUCGACGACGUGGACACUUCUCUCUCCUUGCUACAAGAAAUCAGUUCUUUGCAAGAAAAAAUGGCAGCAGCUGGCAAAGAACAUCAGAAUGAGAUGAACUCGCUGAAGGAGAAGUUUGGCCUUAGUGAGGAAGCCUUGCAGAAAGAGAUCAAGACCCUUUCAGCUUCAAAUGAGAAAAUGGCAAAAGAAAAUGAAUCCUUGAAAACCAAGCUUGACCACGCCAACAAGGAGAAUUCUGACGUGAUAGAGCUGUGGAAGUCCAAGCUGGAAUCUGCAAUCGCCUCCCAUCAGCAAGCAAUGGAAGAGCUGAAAGUUUCUUUCAGUAAAGGUGUUGGGGCUCAGACAGCAGAAUUUGCUGAGUUAAAGACUCAGAUUGAGAAGAUGAAAUUAGACUAUGAGAACGAAAUGGCAAAUCUAAAAGUGAAACAGGAAAAUGAGAGAUCUCAUCACUUGAAAGAGAUUGAGUCGCUGAAAGCAAAACUGUUGGCAGUCACGGAGGAGAAAGAGCAAAACCUGGAAAGCCUGAAGACCAAACUGGAAAGUGUGGAAGAUCAGCAUCUAGUAGAAAUGGAAGACACUUUAAACAAAUUGCAGGAAGCUGAGAUAAAGGUAAAGGAGCUAGAGGUACUGCAAGCCAAGUACAAUGAACAAACCAAAGUUAUUGAUAGUCUUACACCACAGAUCAAAGCUGCUGAAGAAAAGCUUUUGGACCUUGCUGCACUUGAGAAAGCCAAUUCUGAAGGUAAAUUGGAAAUCGAGAAACUUAGCAAGCAGCUUGAGGCAGCUGAGAAACAAAUUCAGACUUUAGAGACUGAAAAGGGUGAUGGAAUUAGCCAGGCCAGUAAUCUGGCCAAAGACCUGCAGGGCAAAGAGCAAAAGCUUCUUGACCUUGAGAAAAACUUGAGUGCAGUAAAUCAAGUUAAAGAUUCUUUGGAAAAGGAACUUCAAGUUUUGAAAGAAAAGUUUGCUAGUGCAGCUGAUGAAGCAGAGAAUGUUCAACAAGCUAUGCAAGAAACGGUGAAAAAGCUGAACCAAAAAGAAGAGCAGUUUGCACUCAUGUCUUCAGAACUGGAGCAGCUCAAGUCUAGUUUGACUGAGAUGGAGAGGAAGCUGAGGGAGCGAGAAGAGAGGGAGCAGCAGUUGAUGGAAGCAAAAGCCAAACUUGAAAAUGACAUUGCAGAGAUCAUGAAGUCGUCAGGAGACAGCUCUGCCCAGCUCACAAGAAUGAAUGAUGAACUGAGGUUAAAAGAAAGGCAGUUGGAGCAAAUACAACUUGAGCUUACAAAAGCAAAUGAAAAGGCUGCUCAGCUUGAGAAAAACGUGGAGCAGACAACACAGAAAGCUGAGCAGAGUCAGCAGGAAACUCUCAAGAUUCAUCAAGCAGAACUGAAAAAUCUGCAGGAUCAAUUGACAGACAUGAAAAAGCAGAUUGAGACCAGCCAACAUCAGUUCAAAGAUCUUCAGGCCAAGCAUGAAAAAGAAACUUCUGAGCUGGUGGCUAAACACGAUGCAGAUAUCCAAGGGUUUAAGCAGAACCUGCUGGAUGCAGAAGAGGCUCUGAAAAGUGCCCAGAGGAAAAACAGCGAGCUGGAGGCACAGGCUGAGGAGCUGCAGAAACAAGCAGAGCAAGCCAGAGAGGCCAAAGUGACAGAAGAUGUUUUCCAGGCAGUGGAACAGGUGACCAAGGAGAAGGACGCCAUUCACAAAGAAAAGAUUGAAACUUUGGCCUCUUUGGAGAACUCGAGACAGACAAACCAGAAGCUGCAGAAUGAAUUGGACAUGCUUAAACAAAACAACCUGAAAAAUGAAGAGGAACUUAAUAAAUCAAAAGAGCUUCUAAAUCUGGAGAACAAGAAAGUGGAAGAACUUAAAAAAGAAUUCGAAGCGCUCAAGCUGGCAGCGGCUCACAAGUCCCAGCAGCUCGAGGCUCUGCAGGAGGAGAACGUGAAACUGGCCGAGGAGCUGGGCAGGAGCAGGGACGAGGUGUCGAGCCACCACAAGCUGGAAGAGGAGAGAUCAGUACUCAAUAACCAGUUAUUAGAGAUGAAAAAGAGAGAAUCAACGUUAAAAAAAGAAAUUGAUGAAGAGAGAGCAUCUCUACAGAAAUCCAUCAAUGUUACUAGUGCCUUGAUCACACAAAAAGAUGAGGAACUGGAAAAACUCAGACAUGAGAUCACGGUGCUCCGCGGAGAAAACGCCUCUGCAAAAACCCUGCAGUCAGUGGUGAAGUCACUGGAGUCUGACAAACUGAAACUUGAGGAAAAGGUGAAGAACUUGGAGCAAAAACUCAAGGAAAACAAUGAGCAGCCUUUAACUGUAAUGAGCCCCUCAGGUGACGCUGCUACUCUGCUUCAGGAGGAAAUUGCACGAGAGAAGCAGGGCGAGAUCGACUUCCUGAAUUCAGUGAUAGUGGAUCUACAAAGGAGGAAUGAAGAAUUGAACUUGAAAAUACAAAGAAUGUGCGAAGCAGCCCUCAAUGGCAAUGAAGAGGAGAUAAAUAACUAUGACAGUGAGGAGGAGAGCCAGUCCAAGAAGAAGCCACGUCUCUUCUGCGACAUCUGCGGCUGCUUCGACCUGCACGACACCGAGGACUGCCCGACACAGGCGCAGGCGCUGGAGGAGCCGCCGCACUCGGCGCACCACGGCAGCCGGCGCGAGGAGCGGCCCUACUGCGACACGUGCGAGGUGUUCGGCCACUGGACGGCCGACUGCAACGACGACGAGACCUUCUGAUGCUGGGACAGCCCCACGGACUCUGCACCACCAGCAGCCGCCUGUGCUGAAUGUCAGGACAAGGGGCCCCUCGCUCCCCUGCCCGCCCGCUCCAGAAUCCCUACAGGCAUAAAUAUUUUGCUCUUCCACUAAUAAAUAAAUACCCCCCCUCCCCCAUCCCUUUUUAACAAACUUCAGUGAAAGAUAAAUAAAUGAUUUAACAAGUGACUUUA